GUAUAUAAAGAUGAACCGAUUGUCCCGAUACUCUCAAUUACCCGAGUAUCAUUUACGGAAAGAAUACAGUUGUCUAAUACGGCGAAUAAAAGAAUAUAUUAAAAAUGGAAACCGUCGAUGUCACCAAGAAUAAUGAUAUUAACAAACUGUUCUCUUUUGAAGAAAUGGAGGAGGUAACAAAACGCGCGCUGAGUAAUGACGCCAAUCUAAUAGAAUACACUAUUCGACCGUACUCCGAUGGCAGGCUCGGGUAUCUCAGUUCUCAUUAUCGGGUCAAUAUAACAGCUAUGAGAAAAAAGGAAACCUUUACUCUUUCAUUCUUUCUCAAGACCGUACCUUACGAGGUACCUGAUUCAGCCGACUACGUGAUAAAAAAGGGUGUUUUCAAGCAAGAAACAAUGUUUUACAGCGUUAUAAUGCCGUUACUUCUCAAAGAAUAUUACGGAGAAAUGUGGGCGGCAAUGUGCUACAAAGUAAAGAGCGAUUCGAUGGUCUUUGAGGAGUUAAGAGAUAAAGGCUACUCGAUACGAGACAAGCUAUUCGAUAUAUCACUCGUACGUGCGGGUUUAAGCGCUCUCGCGCGGAUGCAUGCUGCUUCUUUGCUGGCAGAAACUCGUCUCGGCACAUAUUUCAACCGACUGUAUCCUGACGCUUUCGUGGAGAGAGGCUUCGUUCACGAAGGAAUGACGCGAGAAUGGAUACAAUCAGGCAUCGACGUAGCCGCAAUCGUAGCCGAACGUUUGGGAUACGAUCCUGACUUGAUACGUUCGGUCUGCGAAGAGGUAUAUCAAAUUGUAAAACCGUCAUGCACAAAGACGAACGUAGUUAGUCACGGGGAUCUUUGGGCUAACAAUUUUCUCUUUAAUAACGAUGUGCCGCCUAAAUGCUUGCUAGUAGACUUCCAAUUUAUGAGAUACGCUCCUUUGGCACACGACGUGGCACAGUUAUUGUAUCUGUGCACAGAUCGGAGCUUCCGAGAGACUUGGGAGAGCACAAUGUUGUGUCAUUAUUAUGACACAUUGCGGGAAACUCUGAACAUUCAUGAAAUCUGUGUACAAAUACCCCCAUGGUCAGAACUGAUCGAAGGUAUGGAGGAACAACGUUUAGGCGCCGUUAUUACCACAAUACUUUUCUUUCCUACGGUUUUAAUGGACGAGAAUCUUGCCGCGCAAGUUAUGAACAAUCCGGCGUCUUACGUCAAGUUCUAUUUCCGAGACAGGAAAGAAUUUGUACUCUCAAACAUGAAAAAGGAUCCGGUUUACAAUAAAAGGAUCAGCGAAGCUGUCAUCGAACUCGCCGAGCUUGCCUCGCGAUUAGACCAAUUCCCGAAACCAUCUUAACAAAUUAGUUUACAAAAGAUGUAUCCAUCACGAUAAUUGAUAAUUUUAUCUUAACGCCAUAGUUCGUACAGUAAUUUUUACACAAAU